ACCUUCCUGAGUUGCCAGCUGCUGAACUCCACUGGCCACUGCCAGUCCCAAGCCAGACCAGAAGUUUCUGGGGUUCUCUCCAUGGCACAGCUUCGCUGGCUGACCCUAGAUACUCCUGUGGCGUUGUCCCCGGUGCCCUGACUGCUCCCUAGGAUCCUGUUUGUCUUUCUCUCAACAUUUUCUAACCAUAGUUCAGGCUAGACUGACCUAUGCAUACCCCCAAUCCUUGCUUCUGAAACCCUCCAUGGUUACUUCCUAUUGCCCCAUCCUCGUUCUGGACCCAGCAGAGGCCCUUGGGUUACAUUCUACAAUAAAGUUCUGGCCCUCACAAUUCCCGCUUGUAAGUCCUUUCCGACAUGGGCCACGGGCACACACAUGUGCCAAGACGGAGGGGGAAGGGCGGGGUUGCAGGUGGCCCCCACCUCCUGCCCCUGAGCCAGGGUCCUCUCCCUUGUCUACUCCUGAGUCUCCCGAGAAUUCUUGCUGCUAUGAGAAUUCCGGGCUUCCUGGCCUCAUGACAACACCAAGUGAAACAAGAAGUUCCAGAAUGCAGGGUCCUAGGCCUGAGUUGGAGAGGGCCGAUGGGCACAGAGCCAGGCCCAGGGGCUCAGGCCGCAUAUAGGCUCAGGUUUAGAACCUGCUGGCUGUGGCUGGUGGGGGUGCCCGACACGUGUCUCAGCAUGGGUCUGGAGCUCUAUCUGGACCUGCUGUCAGCAUCCUGCCGCGCUGUCUACAUCUUCGCUAGGAAGAACAACAUCCCCUUUGACUUCCAGUUUGUGGAUCUGCUAAAAGGUCACCACCACAGCAAGGAAUACAUAAAGAUCAACCCCCUGAAGAAGGUACCCAGCCUCAAAGAUGGAAAAUUUGUCUUAUCUGAAAGCGUGGCCAUCCUUUUCUACCUGUGCCGCAAGUACAGCACACCCUCACACUGGUACCCACCAGACCUGCACACACGUGCCCGCGUGGAUGAGUUCAUGGCCUGGCAGCACACUGCCAUUCAGAUGCCCAUGAGCAGGAUCCUCUGGAUCAAGAUGCUGAUCCCAAUGAUCACUGGUGAGGAGGUUCCAGAUGAGAAGGUGGAACAGAUGCUGGCAGAGGUGAAGAACAGCAUGCAGCUCUUUGAGGAGAAGUUUCUGCAGGACAAGAUGUUCAUUGCCGGGGACCACAUCUCGCUGGCUGACGUGGUGGCCCUGGUGGAGAUGAUGCAGCCCAUGGGAGGCAACUAUAAUGUCUUCCUCAAUAGCUCCAAGAUUGCUGAGUGGCGCAUGAGGGUGGAGCUGGCCAUUGGCCCUAGCCUCUUUGGGGAGGCCCAUGACCGGCUGAUGAGGUUGGCCGAGUGGGACAGUUCAACAUUGGAUCCAAUGGUCAAGGAGAGGAUCUGUGAGUUGCUGCAGAAGUUCAAAUAGAAGCAGCCCAUCCUGCAGGGCCUGGCUGGCCCAGGCCUUCGAGCUUCUUUCCUUAGGGGAGAUGUUGAAAACGAUUCCACUUCUUCACCUAAUAAAGUACUGUCACAACCAC